CUUGGAGCCAACCACUACAUGGCAGCUGCGUCGCCUGCUCCCUUUUCCCGUCUUCAGCUCGCUGCCGCCCUACUAGAAUACGACAAUGACCCUACAAAUCCUGAUGCGCCUCAGCGCUCAGCGCAAGAAAGCGCCAUCUUUGCAAACUUUAGACGGGCAAGACCACGACAGAAUGUCCCCAAGAGAAAUGACUACCUCAGCGUCGCAUUGCCCAGUGAAACUGGUAGUGUGGGUGGGCGAGAAUCUGUUCUGAGCGGACGACGCUCGCGGUCAUCCAUAAACAUGCUGAGAAAUCCGUUCGGCGCAGAGGAAACCGGUGAAUAUGAAGACGACGAAGAAGAUAAUGAUGAAGAAGCGGAAAGGCUAGAAGUUGAUCUCUCGUCAUGGGGCCUCGACGCAUUCAUGACCAAGGAAACUGCAGAAGCAAAGAACAGCAAGCGACGAUCCCGUACAUCGACGCUACCCAACCCCCAGCCAGUUGUAGCCAUGCGGUCUCCGACAUCUUAUGCUGGCGAGACCCCCGCGAGAACAACGAGAUCCAUGAGCGUUGGAAAUUUAGACCAAAUGACGAACGAAAUUGAAGCUGGGCGUCGCAAGUCAUUUGGCUCACCACUCGAUCUUGAGAGAACAGAAUCAAUACCACUCCAACGACCUCGCGCGGCAUCACACUCGCUCGUGCCGUUUCCUUCAGAGUCUGUUCGCUCUCCCUCUCCUCCGCGCCAAGAAGAUUUCCGCUCCUCCGUUUUCACAUCCAAGUUCGAACCCAGAUCUUCCCAAGACGAAGACCAGCGCACACGGAGGAUGUCCGUUGGAAGCAUGAAUUCAAGAUAUAUGCUCACUGAAGACAAUCCAUUUGCUCUGCGACCACCAACCUCGAUGUCUAAAUUUGAUCCUAAAGCGGCUGCUCACGCUCGAACAAUGUCCAACGCUUCCAUGGGCUCAAGGAUGAUGUUGGACGAUGCGUCUGUAAUGACUGGUCAAGCACGAGAUGGCCGCUAUUCUACAAUGGAACUUUUGCGGCCCAAAGUACUGGUUAUGCCGAGUCCACUCCAGCCACCAUCGGGUAUACCUCCGCCCGAACCUACCCAGGCGCGGGAAGGCUUUUCUGCUUCAGCCGAUCCCCCAUUGCCGCCUGGUGCUCGUGCUUCACGCAGGAUGUCCUCUACACUCAUGGACUCGUCUCCAUCCAACCUUUUUACUCCCAACCCCAGAAUGAAUCUCACCCUAUCCCAGCUUACUUUCCGUAAUACCCUUAUGGUCGGUGGGCAGCGGGAUGUGGCAUAUAGCGACCUGGAUGCUCAGCUUCCUCGUGCAGCGCAGGAGGGUGAACAAGUACAGCAGACCCCGCCGAUAACCGAAGACGAAGCUCUAUUGCAGACCACAGCAUCACCGGAAGAUCAGGUGAAGCCAGGCCGACCUCCCGGGAAAUUAUACGGCAAGAGUCUGAUUGAUGACUUGGAGGGUCGCAAGGCCGCUAUGCGAAGCAAACAAAGAGUGUUUACUGGUGAUGCCCGUCCUUCGAUGAUGGCAAGAACCUCCGCGCAACGGAAGAGUACCCUCAUCGACCUUGACGGACAGAUGGACGAACAAGGGAGACCGUUGGUUCAACUCAACAAAUCAUUCGACUCUCAGGGAUCGCAAAAUGCUCUCGGGCGAAGAAACUCCUUAAACGCAAAACCCUUGCUGAAUUUCGAUGACGAUGACAAGUUGAAGCGAGGUGGACCGGGACUCGGCCCGAACUCCCGGCCGAACAACAGUCGUUCCGUUUUCGGUGUCGAUACUCUUUGGGAACGGGAGAUGGUUAAAUUGAAGGAGAUUGAGGCUCGAGAGAAGGAAGAGCAGGAACUGAUGAAGGCGCAGGAAGAGGCACGCGAGAGCAAGAAACGGGGACGGAAAAAGCGCAAAGACAAGUUGGAUGUCGAUGAUAUCUCGCCGGCGGUUUCAGUGUCACCCAGUGUGUCAGAUUUGCCACAAUCGGAUGCAAAAGUUGCAUCGUCUCCGCCUGUACUCCCUGCCAUUUCACCAGGACUUCGUCGACCGCCUCCGGCCAAUGAUUCUGAUAGUGAAGAUAGUGUUGGUGCGGGGCCAUCACAGCCACAGGCUCAAAAGCGCGAUGGAUGGGUGUCCUCUGAUGACGAGGGGGAUGGCCCCACUCGAAAACCUGGAACUGGCCCUCGCUAUCCUGCCCGGGCUAAAGUUGCUGACCAAGACAAUGAUAGCGAGGAGGAUAUGCCGCUUGCUGCAACGAUAGACCGGGCUGCACAACGAGUAACACAAAUGCAACUGUCGGCUGAUCCAGAUUCUGACGAGGAACAACCUCUCUCGGCCCUUCUUCGUAAAUCUAAACUCAGUCUACCAUCCUUGAACUUUGAUCGACAGUCUCAAAACGACGACGAGGAAGAUGAUAAACCGUUGGGUCUGAGGGCCUCUCGAGUUGCACCGUCGUUUCUUUCGAGUCGUGGAGGGGAGGAAGACGAUGACAUGCCAUUGGCAUAUCAUCCUGAGCAACAGAGGCGUUCACAGUACCACAUGAUGGCGCAAGCUCAGCAGCAGCAUCAACAACAAAUGAUGAUGCAAGCUCAGUUCACCAAUAGCAUGUUCUUCUCGCCCCCAGCCAUGCCAGCCAUGAUGGGCUCUGGAUUCUUUGCCCCUCCCAUGAUGAUGCCACCUUCUCCCAUGGCGCCAGUCCACGACGAGGCCAAGUACGGCGCCGUUGACAAGUGGAGACGAGAUGUAGUUCUCGAGGAUGGCCAGUAG